GAAAAUUCACAAAGUGGAGAUGACGCUUUUAUUCUGGAGGAUUUCCACCGGAAGCCAGGGUGUUGUUGCAGCUGAGUGAAAACAUGUUGUCGCCUCGUGUUUGACAGGUGUUACAUGUGAGCCAUUGAGUUUUGCACCAGCUGUGAUACAUAUCCUCCAUUUAUACUGCUGUGUCUAGUGAGGUGCAGCCCACAAAUACAGCAUGUCCUCCCAGGAAGAUGUGGCUGCAGAGCCAGGCCCUAUCGCAGUGGGACCAUCCACUGAGACUAAAGCCUCCACUGGGGAAGUUAUCACUGUCACCAUUGGAGCAACCGUGCCCACAGGGUUUGAGCACACUGCUGCAGAAGAGGUCAAGGAGAAAAUUGGAGUCGAUGCACGUAUCAGCAAAGAUCGUGGUCGCAUAUACUUCCCAAUUACCACUGACAAGCUUUUCCAGGUCCAUCUUCUGAGGUCUGUAGACAACCUGUUUGUUGUGGUGGAGGAAUAUGACCAUUACGAGUUCAAAGAAUCAAAGGAGGAGACAUUAAUGGAGAUGCAGGAGCUUGCCUCCAAGCUCCCCUGGACUAAUGCCUUAGAGGUUUGGAAACUAAAUGGCACCCUAAAAAAGAAGAAAGGCUACAGGAAAGGAGCAGCUAGCACCAAAGUAAAACCUACUAGUGAGACAACUGAUGCACCUGUGGCUGACCCUGAGCAGCAAGAGCUACCUCAGGCUGCUUCCGCUGCUGGAAGCCAGAAGCAGGCAGAAAGCAUACCUGACACAGAGACGAGCACACAGGGUUCAGAGGAGGCAGCACCCGAGGCCAAAGUCAUCAAGUUCCGAGUGACGUGCAACAGGGCCGGUGACAAACACAGCUUUUCGUCCAAUGAGGCAGCCAGGGACUUUGGUGGGGCUGUGCAAGAAUUCUUCCAGUGGAAAGCAGACAUGACAAAGUUUGACAUAGAGGUGCUACUAAACAUACACAAUGUGGAGGUGGUGAUCGGCAUUGCACUCACAGAAGAGAGUCUUCACAGGAGAAACAUUAGUCACUUUGGACCCACGACUCUGCGCUCCACUUUGUGCUAUGGCAUGCUCAGGCUGUGUAAACCUCAGGCAUCAGAUAUAAUACUUGAUCCAAUGUGUGGGACUGGAGCCAUACCACUGGAGGGGGCCAUUGAAUUCAACAGUUCAUUCUACGUUGCCGGUGACAACAAUGACAUGGCAGUUAAUCGCACAGUCAAUAAUAUCUGUCACAUCCAGAAACGGAGGGCAGACAAGGGCAGUGGGUCUGGAUUGCCCAUUGACACAGUGCAGUGGGAUCUGUGCAACUUACCGAUAAGGACCGGCUCUGUUGACAUUAUCAUCACUGACAUGCCCUUUGGAAAGAGAAUGGGCUCUCGGAAGAAGAACUGGGACCUGUACCCCUCCUGUCUGAGAGAAAUGGCCCGUGUGUGCACGCCUGGCUCAGGAAAGGCUGUCUUGUUGACACAGGACAAGAAAUGCUUUUCCAAGGCUAUCUCGAGGAUGGGAGGACUGUGGAGGAAGCUGCACACUGUUUGGGUCAAUGUGGGGGGUUUACAUGCUGGAGUCUACCUCCUCAAGCGGACCGCAGCCGUGUUUGGCCAAACUCCGGAGGAUGUCUAUGAAUCACGAGGAACGGUUAAUGCACAGGGGGAUGAGAAGGGUGACAAGGAGCUCUCUUAACACACAUCCUGCGUUUAAGUUCUGAAAUUAUGUUUGAAGCCAUGUCGGAUCAUUAUUAUUUAUAUUUCUCUUUUUUUUCAGGUUUUCUGGUUAAUGUUGCCAAGCAGUUUUAGCGUAUCAUUUUUAUAUUUCUCUUUUAAUUUAAGGUAAAAAGCGGCUAACUGGAAGGAAGUUUUCAACUACAGCUGCAGUUUUGUAGUUUUCACACUCUUGAAGCAGCUCAUAUGUCAAAAUGCUGUUCAGAAACCUACUGAAGGUUGCUUCACUGCACACAUCAGACCCGCUGUAUCCGUUUGUUAACAGGAACUGCACAUAUUGCCAUAUUGUUAUGCUGAAUAAAGAUUCAAACUAAA